CACUGGAUAUGACGUCUGCUGGCCAAGCGUUGGUUUACAUGAAUUAGUAAAUAGAAUAGACCUUAAUGAAACAGUGCCCCAGCUCACUGCUGUUAUCAUCAACAUGUCGCUGUAUUAAUAUCACUAUUCUUAAGUUAGAAACUGGCCAUUGUUAAAGUCAGUCGGAUGCUUGUUUUGAAUUCUUUUGGCAGGUUGGUACGUGUUUGACGUAAUGAGGCCUCGUCCGCGGUGGUCACGUGAUUUGUUUGGCUCGUGCCAUAACAUCCAGCCGCUGGUGUCGGGUAGUCUGCCGCGAGUGAAACAUCUCUAGCUAGCACAAACAGGUACAAUGGAUUUCAACGUGAAGAAAAUAGCCUGCGGAGCCGGACUGUUUUUCACACGCGCUGUCCAGUUCACAGAGGAGAAGCUGGGCCAGGCGGAGAAGACUGAGCUGGACGCUCACUUUGAGAACCUGAUGAGCCGCGCAGACUGCACCAAAAACUGGACUGAGAAAAUCUACAGACAGACUGAGGUCCUGCUGCAGCCCAACCCAAUUGAUCACACUGGUGCCAGAAUUGAGGAAUUUCUCUAUGAAAAGUUGGAUAGGAAGGCACCAUCCAGGAUUACCAAUGCAGAGCUGCUGGGUCAAUAUAUGCAGGAUGCAGCAAAGGAAUUUGGUCCCGGAACUCCAUAUGGGAGUACUUUGAUUGAGGUGGGAGAAUGUGAGAGAAGACUAGGAGCGGCAGAGAGGGAGUUCCUCCAAACAUCAGCCAUCAGCUUUCUUACCCCUCUCAGGAAUUUUCUGGAAGGAGACUGGAGGACCAUUUCAAAAGAAAGGCGUCUUCUGGAGAACCUUCGCCUGGACCUGGAUGCCUGUAAAACACGUCUGAAGAAGGCCAAAGUGGCUGAGGCUAAGGCUGCAAUGGCUCCAGAUUUUCAGGAGACCAGACCCCGCAACUAUGUGCUUUCUGCCAGUGCCUCUGCGCUCUGGAGUGAGGAAGUGGAAAAAGCAGAGCAUGAGCUUCGAGUGGCACAAACAGAGUUUGACCGCCAAGCAGAAGUUACACGGCUGCUUUUGGAGGGCAUCAGUAGUACACAUGUAAACCACUUGCGCUGCCUGCAUGAGUUUGUGGAGGCCCAAGCAGCUUACUAUAAGCGGUGUCACUUUCACAUGCAAGAACUACAGAAGGAGCUGGGAAGGCUUCCCAAUGCAUUUGCACUUAACUCCAACCCCUCCGUGGCCACUGCUGGCUCUGCAUCAGAAGGCAUCAGCAGCCCUGUGGAGACAGACACACUGAAGAUUGAGGAAGUCCAGGCACCAGCUACAGGAACCCGCAAGGCCAAAGUCCUUUACGAUUACGAUGCUGCUGACUCCAGUGAGCUCUCCCUUUUAGCUGAUGAGCUCAUUACAGUUUACACAGUGCCGGGAAUGGACUCUGAUUGGCUGAUUGGAGAGAGAGGAAACCAGAAAGGAAAAGUGCCUGUCACAUACCUGGAGCUGCUCAGCUAAAGAACACUCACACACACACACACACACACACACACACACACUUACACACACACACACACACUGCGUGCAUACUACUGAAGCCAUGAGGAUAUUUAAAUCACUCAAAUUCAUUUCUCACCAACCUGUAACCUUCAAUCCUCCACAGUAAGCAUUCGUGUUAAGUUCAACACACACACUCAUGAGUGUGCUUCUCAGAGCAAGUAUAUUCACAUGACACUGACAGCAGUGAUAAUGGAGACAUUGUUACAGUGAGUGCCGGGAAAACCCUAUGGGGGAUGGUCAACAUUCCUUUAAGAUUCCUUUUUGGUGAGGAUGUGUUUGUUUCUAUUUAUUGUUGUGCAUCCCAAAGGCUCUGGUAGACCUUUCAGUGGCCGGAUGAAGUUGACACAAGUCUUCAGAGAGAUUUCCAUUAAAUUAUGUUUGUUAUUUUAUUUAAAAAAAAAGGUUUCUUGUCUCUUAAAGCCCCCUCUGUUCAUAAAUUCAUUGCUGGACAAAUUCUAGAGUUGUGUUGCCUCCAAAACAUGAAUCCAUCAUGACGUCCAGAAAUAUUUUGUGUUAUCUAUGUUAUCGAGCUUAGAAGUAUAAGGUUUGGCUGAUCUGUCUCUGAUUGUUAAGCUUUUCCUCAGAGGGCAGCGGUAAAACAAACAUGCAAUAACAAUGCAUCCUCAAUUGUCCUGCUUAAAAGGGGGAUGUCCCUCUUAUCCUUUAGUAAAGUCCUUAAAGCUGCAGUAGGUAACUUAUAUGAAAUAACUCUUCGUCAUAACGUUCACUAUAUCCUGACAGUAGUACAUGAGAUGGAUAAUCUGUGAAAAAACACAGUUAACAGUUAACUGUGAGCAAGCUGCCAACCUAAAGCGUCAUUAUUUUACAACCUGGGAAUGAGACUCCACAAACGACUGUCUUUCCCUUCAAGUACUAGGAGGAGCCAGAGGAACCUAGUGACAGUUACAGAAAAUAUGACAAAAAGUUAUUUUUAUAAAAUUGACCUAUAGCAGCUUUAAGUUUAUCUGUGUAUGGCAGUCACUUCUCAUUAAAGAAGAAGUUCAAACAAACAUGGGCAACAGCCAACGGAUGCUUGUGAACCACACAAUGACAGGCGGGUCAUUCUGUUGGGUUUUAUGUUCCCAUUUCCUGUAAUUUCCAGCCACAGACAUGGGAAACCAUCCACACCAAGUUAAUUUUAGACACAUUAAUAAAAAUGAAAGAUGUGACUGUUCUUCCACUUUCUUCCUAUAUGACAUGAACAGAAAUGACUUUCUUUGUGUGUUCUUGAAUGUGGAGCAGGAAUGCACUGAUACCACUUUUUUCAGACCAAAGUACAAGUACUUAUAUUUGGGUCCUUGCCACGUACCGAUAUAAUAAUAUCAUUACAGUUCUAACAAAGAUUUUGAGAACAUGUUUUAUUUUCAUCAGAUGUUUCUUACUUUCUGACUGUAACAAAUUAAAUGUUGCUAAUGUUGUAAAAGUUGCUUAAAAUAUCUCCAAACUGCUGCUUACAUUGCUUCUCCUCCCCCUACCUGCUCAGCUAACGAGGUUACGUAACAUCACGCUGCCAUAAAGUGGUAUUGGGGUGGUUUUAUGAUUACUAUUCAUCCUUCCUAAGCCCCGCCCCUUUUGGAACCUCAACUUUUUCCUUUCCUGUACUGGCUAGUCUAUGUUUUACAUUUUGACGACUGCUAGCUAAUAUUCUUCAAUUAACAUUAGCCCUCAGAUAUAACAAGCUAGCUAACAAUUAAUGUAGAUUAGCUUGCUAAUUACCUAGCAUCUUGCUAACAUUAGCAAUGUUAAGAUGUGACUAUAUAUGUGACUUUUAUCUUUUAACCAUCUUCAACGUAAGGUCUACGUAAGGUCGUAAGGUCAGUUACGAGUACAUGAGCACAGUAUUGGUUCUGAUACUGUUAUUGGUAUCGGUGCAUCCUUAGUUUUAUCUUGAGCAUGAAACAUGACAAACUGCUUACACUGGAGAACAAUAAAACACUAAUAAAGUUUUUCAUGGAUGUUUUAUCAUCCUUAACUCUUCGGAAGCAGAUUUGCCUUAACUCCUAAGUGAAAUGAAUGUAAUUCCUGUGUUAUUUUAAGCAACAAUAAGACUUAAAGAAGUACAAGUUGUGGACAGUUGGAGUGAACAUUACUAGCAACAGAUUGAGUCAUGUCAUAUUUUUUUUUGCCUCCCAUGCCUUUCCACAGCACUGAAAAUGUCCCAUUGGACAAUAUGAUAAAUAAACACUCCCAUCCUAACUGCCUUAAGAUAAUGGGAAUUAAUUCCUAAGGCCAUCUUCUGCAAACCAGACAAUGUGCUCUUCAAAAAGCAUCCAGAGACUUGAUGUACAGCAUGCAAGACUGUAACUCAUUCUAAUCACAUGUUUGUGUGACGUUUGUUUGCCCUUGGGUGUCCUUUGAAUUGACAACGUUCCCGCCCGUUGCCGUUUUAUUUGUCAAUACUUAAAAGUGUCCCCAGUCUUAGUACUGCAUGUGCUACAGCUAGUAGCGUGUCCUGCUGAACAUGUGCACGUGUAUUCGAGUAUAUGAUGUAGCUAGGUCUAUUUGUGUGAGAUCUGGAGCACCUUAAAUGUUCGCUCAAAAAACGAGAGCUCCCUCACAUCCAGUACGUGUACAUGCAUGCACUUUUUUCUUUUCCAAAAAGGUUUUUAACUUACGCUGCUGUGAUUCUGUUAUACUUCAUCUUGUAUUAUUAUUUUGUCAAACUGUGUAUUGCCUGUUUCCUAAUCAUGCUGAAUGACUGAAAUGUAUGGGAUUUAAUAAAAAGUCAGAUUUA